AUGCCUUUUUUUUCUUCAGCCUCAAUCUUAAACUUCAAUUUUCCGCCUCUUUUGGCUAUUCUUAUUCAUUUAAGACUAUUCGGCUUCAAAUUUAUGUGUACUACCUCAUCGAGAUUUUGGGCAUUUUGGGAAACUAGCUUCAAUCGCCUACUUGCUUUUUUGGGUCCAAUUCUUGUUUGUUUUGGGACUACUGCUAUCUGGUUUAUUAUAUAUAUUUACUUUUAUUGCAUCUUACCUUGGCUUUAUAACGACAAACCAGUUUUAGAAUUUAAACUUCAGAAUUUGUUAAAUAUAUUUGUUUCUAUCUAUUUAGCAGCUGCUAUUUUUUGGAAUUAUUUCGCUAGCGUGCUUGCCUUACCUAAACCCCUUGACACACAAAGAAUUUCAGCAGAUCAGUUUCACCAAUUACAGAUCCAAACGUUUAAAAUAUCUGGACAAGUUCUGCGCUAUUGCAAGUUUUGUCAAAUUAUCAAAGAGAAUAGGAUGCAUCAUUGCCAUAUCUGUAAACGGUGUAUCGCAGUUAUGGAUCACCACUGUCCUUGGAUUUGGAAUUGCGUGGGUGAACACAAUCAUCAUUUUUUUAUAUUACUGAACCUUUACUUGACAUUUGGUUCUAUCUACUUUUCUUCGCUGGCAUUCCUGCCAUUUAUCAACGCGCUUAGCUCAGAUUACUACUGGUCUAGUUGUUGUUCUCGGACCAUCGUCAUUUUUUCCUUCAUCUUGUCUAGUACACUUCUGGCUGCCCUUCUUGGCCUGACUACUCAGCAAUUCUAUCUUUUCUUUUCUGGAAAAACGUCAAUCGAAAAUCACUAUCAAAAAACGGAGUCUGAUCAAGCUUUUGACAAUCCUUACGACAGAGGUCCUAACUACCAUUUUGAGAAAUUCUUUGGUAUCCAAUGUUCAAGGCCAUGGUUUCUAUGGCUUAUUCCCGGACAGGUUAAAUUAGAUUCACUGAAAACAAUCUCUCUUCUGUCUAGAAAUCAAGCGGUAAUACAAGAAACAUUAAGGAUGGUAUGAAAUUAUUAAAAAAAAUAUUGGAAUAUCUCCUAGGUUUUUAAAGGCUUUGUGGGUUUACUUUUAAGAACAAACAAGCUGUUGGUGCUUUGAGAUAUGUAUUUUCGCUACAUUAGCCACCGAAGGUCCAAGCUUUGAGGGCACAAUCUUGACCCCCUGUAACAACUGUAUUCGAGUUAAUCCAAGUGACCUCAGUUCCCCCUCCAUGAUGCGCAUUUUUGUAGAUCACAUGGUUGUUUGGCUGAGAUACGUUCCAUAUAAUUAGAUUUGAAUCGGUACUGAUAGAGGCGAUAUGAACAUUAUCUGGUGACCAGGCAACCGAGUUGAUACGCGUAGUGUGAAAUACCCAAUUAUCAACCAGGCGCUUUUGUCCAUCCCAAACAAUAACUUCACGGUUUGAAUCUGCUGAUACUAGCUUAUUUUCGCCGGAAUAACUCAAUGCAGUUACCUCACCCCAGUGCUCAGAUAGAACGUAUUUUUGAGUAACAUUUGACUUAUUGGCCAAUGAGUAGACAUAGAUUUUUUUGUCUUUUCCUCCUACCGCAAUUUCAUCGCCCUUUUGAUUAACUGCAACAGAUAAUGGAUCGUAUUCAACAGACGUCCUAGAUACAAUUUUCGUGCCAUUGACAAUCAAUAUAGAUGUUCCGCC